AUGAACAACAACACUACCACCCAGGACCAAUUCCAUGAUAGUAGUGAACAAGACCAAAAGGCCAUCUCAAACAAGCGUUAUAUUCCUCUUUUGUUGAUCAAUUAUACGUGCCUAUUUGUGGGUUCUGUAUCCUCAAGCUUGCUCUCAAAGUACUAUUUCAACCACAAAGGCACUAACAGAUGGGUUUCCACAUGGGUUCAGUCUGCAGGAUUCCCGCUCCUUUUCCUUCCCAUUUUCCUCCCUUACUAUCUGUUCAAAUGCACUCAGAGAAAGCCCUUCUCUCGUUUCACUCCCGGAAUCUUAAUCUUGUCCAUAUUCAUAGGCCUCAUGCUAGGCUUAAACAACCUUCUUUUUUCUUGGGGCAACUCUUAUCUGCCUGUGUCCACAUCUUCCCUCCUUCUAUCAUCUCAACUAGUAUUCAAUCUCAUUCUGUCCGUAAUAAUCGUGAAGCAAAGGAUCACUUUCAUGAACCUCAACUGCGUCAUCCUGUUGACGUUGAGCUCAAUCCUCCUAGCCCUGGGGUCCAGCCAUGACAGACCGCAUGACCUGACCCGAGCAAAAUACUUCAUAGGGUUUAUGGCAACCAUAGGGGCGGGGUUGCUGUUCGCGCUAUAUCUACCGAUUAUGGAGAUGGUAUACAAGAAGGUGUACUGUUACGCGAUGGUGAUGGAAAUGCAGCUAGUGAUGGAGAUAUCGGCGACAGCAUUAGCGAGCGUGGGGAUGGCGUUGGACGGGGGAUUCGCGGAGAUGAAGAGGGAGAGCGGAGAGGUGUUCGACAAGGGGGAGGGGGUGUACUGGGCGACGGUCUUGGCCAACUUGGUGACUUGGCAGCUAUGCUUUAUGGGAACGGCGGGAAUGGUAUUCUUGACGUGCUCCUUGACGGGAGGAAUAUGCAUGACAGCGUUGUUGGGAAUGAACGUGUUGGGAGGGGUGUUGGUGUAUGGGGAGGACUUUGGUGGGGUGAAGGCCGUGUCCACGGUGAUGUGUGGGUGGGGAUUUUGCUCCUACGUGUACGGGAUGUAUGUUAACAAUAAGCAAUUGGACGAUGACCAUAUGCAAAUUAGUCAUGCUACGAAUGCUCCUCCCAUUGAGAUGGCUCAGGUGGUAACUCCUCCCAGCUCUGAUCCCCAUCUCCGGGUUUGAACAAAUUAAUUAUAUAUGCACCCUUUGAUUCGCUAGGAGUAAUUAACUCGCCGGAGCCAGCAGCUUCAAGCCAGCUUGAAGAAACAGUGCUAAUUAAUAUAGAAAACAAAAUAUAAAUUAACUAGUCUUCAUCAUACUAUGUGAUGAUGAUGGCCCCUUAAAUUGGGCCUUGGAGUGAUAAGCGUUGCAUC